AGCAAACCUCGUAUUCUUUGUAAUGGAUUUUCAUGGCGAAACAGUAUCCCUCAACCAUGAAAUCGACCACAUACCUAAACUUGAAGACGCUGGGAGAAUCAAAGUCUAUGUGAGCAUCCGACAUCCUAUAAGAGAUUGCCAGCCAAUACUGGCUUUCUCCUUGCCUGCCAGAGAGUUUCAGGAUAACUUCAUGGGGUAUAGAUGGGAACAACUGAAUUGCUUAGAGGACGAUGAACGUCUCAGUAUCUCUCAGGUUGAUUUCGCGAGGAGGGAACUCAGUAGACUUGUUACUGACGUCAUGUUCUACUCGGUUAAAUAUUCUCCAUAUUGUGCUCUGUCAAUUUAUAUUACCUUUAAGUUCAGUCCUAAACCUCCUCCUAUGGUUGAAGAGUAUAAAUCAUUGGAAGAGAUGACGACGAAAUACGAAGAGUAUAAGCAUCUCCCUGUAGAUGAGAGCGUAAUGCGCAUCCAAGAGCCGAACUGGAACGUCUUUCACUUCUAGAAAAGGAAACACAACCUUGAGAUUUGUUUAUUGAUUUUAUUUUAUUGGUGUUAUAUUUAAUUUCUCUUAUAAAUAGGAUUGAAGCUAGGUGGCAUGAACUUCAUCCAAGAGUUUUGAGGGAUUUAGGGUUUAACCGAGGGAA